AUGGCGGCGACGCCCUGUAAUUAUCACUUAAGAAAAGCCUGGCUCGUGGGGCUCAGGGAGAACCGUGAGCCAGGUCCGCCCCGCGCAGCCCCCGGCAGGAGCCACACGCUCGGUGCUCGAGGCCGUCACCGGGCGCCGGACCUGGACUCGCGGCCCGUGGGCACCGGAGCCAGCGAAGGCCCGGAGGGAGCCGCCGAGGAGUGUCUGCCGGCCCUGCCACCGCCUCUCCGCUCCGCCCCCAAGGGCGGGGGCCCCGUCCGCCGCCCAGACUCCCAGCGGCGGCCUUCGGCCAUGUGGGGUGCGGGGCGCUGGGCUGCAGGCACUGAGGGCGGCCAGGGCCUGGCGCUGGUCCCCCUGGGCCCCGACAGCCAGCUCGGGGAGUUUCCCGCUGGUUGUCGUCACCCGGGGCCAAGCCCUGGAGCUGAUUUUGCGCUGGGCCGGGCCAGCGUGAUCUGCGCAGCUGCGUGGCAGCAGGAGCCCUGCGGGGAGGCGGAAGCCGGCCCUGGACUCCACCCGCCCAGCCCCACGGAGGAUGGCGCAGGCAGCGAGGGCGCCCACCGCGCAGGGGACAUGGGGCCGCAGUGGCGCGGCCGGCGAGAGGCCGGGGCCUGUGGCCAGCACGUGCCUGCCUGCCGGCACACGCUGUGCGGUCCCUCACCCACCCAAGAGCCGUCGCCGAGCAGGUCGCGGGAAACGCGGGCGCAGAAACGGACGCUGAGGGCAGACACCUCGGGCCUGGGGCCAGGCCGGGCCCGGGAUGCGCAGGCACACACAGGUGCAUGUACAGGAGUGUGCGUACAUGCACACAUGCGCACAUACACGCACAGGCGCACACGUGCACAGGUGUGCACAGGUGCACACAUACAGGCACACACAGUUGCACAUGUACAAGCACACACAUGCACAUGGGUGCACAGACACAUGCAGACACAUGCACACACAGGCACACAUGUGCACAGGGCAGGUGACCGCGCCCUGGCGUCCACGGGCACCGCCGCAGGUUGA